CGAGCUUAUAUCCGUUAGUAUUUCAUUCUUUUGGACAAAAAGCCCUUUUGUCAAGCCAAAGGCGCUGUGCCAUGUAUUUCAACCUGUAUCAAUAUGUUAUCAUAUUGGUAGUUGUGUUGAUAUUACGUUUCCUAUUCCGCUGGUUGCUAGCUUUAUGGUUCCACCUACGAUUCGGACAUCUCGGGUUUUUUUCCAUUACAGACGUACGCUAUCAUCAGACGGCCAAAACCGAUCGCAAACGCCAUGUCUGGUCUAUCCACGUCGGCAAGAUCAAAUUUCGCUUGAAUUGCUCGGCUGACUAUCCUUCAUCGGCAUGGAUCACGCUACACAUUUCCCAAGUGAAUAUCGCCAUUCCCGACCUGGUCAUGCUCCUGUCACCUUCCGACAGUAGCCGACGGAAACAGACCACACGACUUCAUCGUCGCAUAUCGCAAAUGGGCGAUUCACUGAAACAGAUCCCUUGGUGGUACUCGCUGUCGAUCGUAAAACAUAUACUGAGGUUUACCUCGGCACUUCCGGCUCAGUUUGUCAUGGCAGGGUUGGCCAACUACGUGGAUGUUCAGCUCGAUGAUUUUCGUUUAUCGAUAGCCAACGUAACGACCGUCAAAGUGGAUCGCCUCAGUUUUAACUCCAUGUUGUUCACUGCUCAGGCUCCGCCGUCGUGGUUGGCAGCGCUAAAUCGAUCGAGACGACCGGUUCCGACAAGUAGUAGUAGACCUGAUUACUUUUCCUUGCGUCCCAGACACCAACGCCAUUCAUUAAAACAUGCAGGCCAUAUAUUCAAGGAAAAGUUCUUCGAAAUUACCAUAUGUAUUGGACCGAUCACCUUUUCUCCCGUGGAUACCGACCCAGCACGACUGGAAUCACGCCACUUAUUAACCCUUCCCAGGAACAGUCGGAUCGUGGUAUCGUGUCAUCUGUCGGCCGGCUGCUUAACCUUGAAAGACAUCGACCUUAGUACACACAUCGAAGCCGUGGCCAUCGAUCUGGAUGCCAUGUUGAAACUGCGGGAGAAAAUGAGUGCCAAAAUUUCGAAACAAAGAAUAGAUACCCUAUCAUCGGGAUCGAGUAGAACGUACAAGCAAGCGCGUGCUGGCCAACGUUUGCUGAGUUUCUUUCGAUCCGUCUCUUUCUCGGUUCUCAGUGUAUCGAUUGCUUCCCACCCAUCCGCACGAUUGCACGGCACCCUAGAAUUGCAGUCCAUCACAGCGACCGCAGCCGUCGAAAGCGAUGCAUCCGAAGACGCCCAUGUUAGUUACAAAGUCCAGUUGGGUUUAAAUCAACUGUCUUGGAAGAUGGGUGAAGAUACGACACCCGAACCAUCAUGCUUGGACACCAUUGUUUCUGUAGCGUCCGUUCAGAUCACAGCUUCCGUAUCAAAAUCGAUUCUAUUCCGCGAAACGCCAGAGAGAGGAGGAGGUGUUCAGGAUAUAAACGACUGGAAUGAUCUCGACAAUACACCCGACUGGAUGCCAAACCGUCGUUUUGCCAAACUUGCCAUCGUAUUUCAACAGCUUAAAUUAUUUAUGGAUGUACAAAAGCUACCGCUGCAUCGAGAUUUUAUCGCGUCUUACAGCCGCCCGAGAUCCUCGGCCGACACAUCCUCACCACGUACACAGAUAUGGACCAACCUGCCUCAGCUUACCGUUUCGGUCACACUGGUGUCGCCUGUCGUUGAAUUCGUUACCGACAGUAAAUACAGAGGCCAUCUCACUUACAGUCGGAUUGCCCUGGAUGCUUCCGGGGAAUAUACGCUGGAUCAAACUGGAUCCAAAACCAAUCUGGAACGACUGCAUGCGGACCAUUUAUCGACCGAAAGUGUGAAAUCCCAAGAUGAAGUGUUGCGCAAGAGGAAGCAGCAACGGUCAUGGGCGAACCUGUUCCGAAGGACGUGGCGAGGGAAACAGAAAAACGAAGGAAAUCAGAAUAGCAAGUCCUUGGAUGAAUGGCACUAUGUGGUGUCAGGCAACAUCACCGUCGAAUCCCUAUCUGUGGCUCGUGCAAUGUCGAAUGGCAUUGCGCAAUUCCCGUUUUUUUCUCUGGAGAUGAUUGAUUGUACAGUGACUAGCCAGUUGUUUUCGGUGGUGGAAGAUUUCGAUUUGUACGGGGUAACAAGAAUGGUUUGGGGUUUUCCUCAAAGUCAUAUCGAUGUUCAGUUGGUGGUGCGAAAAGGGACGAUGAAUGCGCAGGAUACAGAAGAACUUUUGUUCUGGAUGAAUCAGAUCUUGAUCCCGUUAAAACAACUGCGCUCAGCCGAUUCAAAUCAUCACGAAACCAAGAAGGAGCUCCCGACCUAUUUGUCCUUCUUGAAACUGAAUAUCCUCGUCAAGGAGAUGUCGCUGGCCAUUGCAGGCAUGGAUGCUGGAUUGAAAGGAAAACAAUACCCGCCAGCAGGAUACUUGGACAACGCGCCCACUCAAGACAUUCAUUCUCUGGUCGUUUUUUCCGUGGAUACCGUCACUGCGGUCUAUACGGGUUCCGAUUUGCAAGGAAAACACGCCCAGCGUCUACGUCGAAACGUGAGUAACAGCUCAACGGGCCGUGGUACGAAUGAAGAAACCGCCCAAACCCUGCUAUCGGAAGACAGCGGCAAGAUAUCGGAACUCGGCAGUAUGCGUCUUUGUCUCACCAAUCUGUUGCUGAAACAAUCUUCCCAAGUUUCCGUACCAUUACCGAUGCAUACAAUUCCACAAACGGAUUUGAUGCUGUGGAUCUCCAAAAUUACGACAACCGUGGAUGUGGUCUCGGAAGCGUCCAUGAUGUUGAUUGAUAUUGGCACGGUUGUACGAAAAAUCGGUCUACGUUACACCAUCGCCAAUCAUUAUGCAUGUUUGUUGCUGCUACAGACCCUUCAAAAGAUAAAGAAGGAAAUGGCUCCCACGUCUGUGCGGGUGGCCACCCAGAAAUCGGCCCGACUAAAGCUGCGCCAAUUUCAUUUCCAAAGCAAUCGCAACGAUAUCCAUGCCACGUUGCCAGCGGAUCAGCCGUUGUAUUUGCGUUUGGACGGGUUAAGAAUGCAAUGGCUAUCAUCGGAGGAACGAGUGGCCGGCCCAUGUAUCACGGCACGCAACGUCAUGCUAUUUGGUGUGAAUCCGAUCAAUCGACAAGUCUGGGAUGUGUUGAUGGAAUUGGACGAUAUGGAUGUGAGUUUGCAUAAAACGAUGACCAGUGCAGGCACCACCGACAAAUCGUACCAAGUGACGCUGUCCAAGUUGUACCUGCGUAUUCCUUAUCGAUACAUUAUGGCUGACAUUAUCGAUAAUCUCAACAACCUCGUCAAGUCGGUCAAGGUGUUGCAUACGCGUCUUGUGAAAUCGGAUCCGUUUACCUAUUUUGGCGCAACCGAGAAAUCGGCACCGUUGAUCCUUCCUUCCCUCCGCCUUUUAUGCAAGGUCAUCAGCAUUCACGUGGAAGACGACCCAUUUGAAGUUAAAUUACGGAUGAUCUGGAAAACCGGACUGCUGGAACAGUCCUCGCGCAUUGCCUUGCAGGACGCGUUUGAGGCGAAAGCGAAAACGGUGAAAAGCACGAUGCAUCGACGACCAGCCGAUGACGAUUCGACCAAAUCGCGCCACUCGACCGCUUCCGAUUUGCAUCCGACUAGCAGCGACCCUUCUGUCGCUGAAGCCACCAAUGUCGAAGUUCGUGUCAAAGAAGCCUGGCAAGGCCUGCAACAACAUAAUUCCAAAUCGUGGAUCAAACGCAUUCAGUCCACCAUUAACAAAGAAGCCAAUGCAUACCCUAUCAUCAAACAAUCCAAUUACCGAAAUAUAUGCCUUGAUCAGCAGCUCGAUACCAUGUACGAUACCUCGCAAGAAGCUCCCGAUACCCUCACCCAAUUAUUCCAAAUCAACAUUACCCAGUUACCCACCUGUCCUCCUCUCCUCGAUUUCACGGUGCGCCAUGUCGAUCUGACUAUCAGUCGGCCGUCGUUCCCCAUCGAUCAAACCCGGCCUUUCAUUCACGAUCUUGGAAAAGGCGUACCCAUGGACACCGCUUUUUCCACGUGGGCCCCUUUCCACAUUACCUGUACCGCAGGCAGUUCGUUGGCUCAGAUGCGUGAUUAUCCCGUGCCGUUACUCCAUGUUCCUCCACGUCGAGGCGGCCCAUCGGAUCCGAACCCAGUGGCAUGGUCCCUUUCGGGCGAUUACGUCUUUGCCGAUGAAUUAGCCGAUUUGGAUGCGACGCGAAGCUUGUCUAUUCCGAUCAUCAAGAAUUCAUCCCUAUCUUAUACAAUAGAUAUCGCACGAACUAGUUCACCGCCCAAAUUUUAUUCCAUGGUGAAUAUCAAUGUCCACAGCGAAGCAUUGUCGCACAUCUGCUGGUCGAUUUCUUACCAACCGGGAAUCCAAGAUCUCUCAAGGGCCUUGGAAUGUUUGACACGUCCGCCGGUGGAUCCCUCGCCCAAAGUCGGUUUCUGGGAUAAAAUUCGGUUGAUGAUUCACACGCGUACAAAGAUUGCAUUUGUUGGAGGCGGGGAUCUGGCGAUCGUGAUGAAAGGAACGCGUAAUCCAUAUGAUAUGACGGAACGCGGAUUUGGAUUAGCCAAAGUAUGGCGGAAUCACAUUGAAUGGUAUAUGGGGUAUGAAAACGUUCAAGGCGAGUUUAUGCAAGUGAUCAGUGAUGAUUACUACUUUGGCGUCCCCGAUCUCGUUCACGGAGGGUUCGCUGCUCCCAAUACCGCAGAAGACGUUUCAGUAGCAUCAAAUACUUUGGAAGACGACUUGACAGAGGAAAGCAAGGAAAAGCGAUUCUUGAAAAUUGCUCUCAAGUUGUCGGGAGGUAUCCGGAUGGGCCUGGGCUGUCAUCUUGAACGUGUAUGCCGAUCGGACUGUGAGAAAUGUACCAAAAAUAGUCCCUACCAUUUUGAUCCUUCCACGGUGAAACCGCAGUGUCGAUACUUGGACUUUUUGCCGCAUUACAAAGUCAGAUACAGAACGCCGCAAGCCGUCCAGCGUAUGCCGAAUCACGGGAAGGAUUACGAUACAUAUGCAGGUUUCCGGUCGGAUUACAUCCAUUUAUCCAUCAGUAUUGUCAAACUUUCAGGCGACGACCAGUGUCCGACGGAAAAUGUAGAAAAAGCGGCCAUGAAUUCGAUGCACUUGACGCCAGGAUUUUUGGAACACUUUGUGUCGUGGUUCCGACUGUUUGGUGGAGCAAUGGGUUAUCCCAUGCGGAACGGAUCGUUGUUCCCAAGAGCCGAUCCUCGACCGACUCAAAAGUUUGGAAAGCAUAUGAGUACCAUGAAAUACAAGAUUAUGGUCGAUCCUCUCAUGAUUGGUUACUUUUACAAGGACGACAAUACGCUUAACAGUGACUCGCCAAUGGAAGAAAUCGGAGAUUCCGUAGGAUUAAAAGCUCUUGUCAGCGCGUUUAGUGCCGACAUUCAUCAACGACGUGAAUUCAUGACGAUGGAGGCGCAUAAACUGGAUCAGAAACGACUGAAAGCCAACUGGCCGGUUCAUGAAGCCGAAGUUCAACUGAAAAAUGUCGAUCUGAGAGCCGUACGGGCAUGUUACUCGGGAGAAUCGGUCCCGGCACCUACAGCGGAUAUCCCUGCCGUGCAUCGCGUUAGCGUGUCCAGCAACGCCACUACAUAUGAUAUAUUGGAAGAAAUGGAACAGGGCAGAAAGUCGCGAACAGGACAGGAAGAACGCGAACUGGCCGAUUGGACCGAUCUCGAUGAUUUUGUUGAACUAUCCAUCAAUGCGCUUGAAACUGUUCCCAACGUUCAAAUCUUGCCGUUUGCCUUUUCACCGUACAUUUACUACCUCAAGCAAACCAAUCGCGAUGAUGUUGAGAAAUAUCGGUAUCUUCAUGGCACCCACGAAUGUAUCUUUGGUACAGCGAUAGCCACCAAAGAGAUGCAAAUGUCUUUGCUCCAGGAAAGAAGCGAGAACAUUGAUUUACAAAUUCGAAAGCAUCAAGCCCGAAUUCAUACCGUCGAAUGCAAGCUUGCUGAACAUCCAGAGGACAAGGCUUUAUUGGAAGAAUCAUUAAGUAUUGUGGAAAAAACAGAGAUGCUAUUUGAAAAACGGAAUCUGUUGCAGCGAUACCUCAAGGAAGUCUCGUCUCGAGUGAUGCCAGACGUUCCGAAACAUCAGCAUCAGCAUCAAGACAGCCAAGCGUAUUCGCAAUCGACCAUUUUCGGCCAGGAUCUGAUCAUGCGCUGGGAAGAGCUGAUGGGCCACUUUAAACAGCGUUAUAUUGUGCAUAACCCUCAAAUUUUGUGGAAUAAUUCGGUUCGCAACAUUGUCUAUCAAUGUCUUGAUCUUCAAGCACGGAAACGCGCGCUCACUUAUUACAUGUCGACGCGUGCCAUGAAAUUCCUACGUGAAGUGACGGAGCAAUCGCGAAAGCAGCGUCAGUGGAAAGUGGAUCAGUUCUCGCUGGAUGACAAUGACGGGGUGUUUGAUCAGCAUAUGACGGAAGACUUGAUUGAAAAGUUGCUCAGUGAACAAGGUGCCAAUCUUUAUGCGCCCAACGAAACCGAAGACACAAGCAAAAAUGACACCAGCAGUGUCAACUUUGAAAUGUCCAACCAUGACAAUGUCAACGACGCCGAUUUUCAGAAAAACAGUAUCCCCGAAGGUUACGCUAUGAAGAGCAGUUAUUUGGUCGACUUGCUGAAUCCGCAAAUCAGUUUGCAGAGCGAUUGUGAACCAGACAAUCUUGUCCUGACCUCGAGUCAACGCAUGUGUGUCAAGGGGUUUAAUAUUGUCGACGUGAACGAUCCAGAUAUCGAGAUGGAAGUGGUCAAGAGCCGGACCAUUGUCAGCAUGGAGAACGCUCAAAUCUUUGUCGCGAAAAAGGAGCACUUUGACAGCGUCGACCUGCUGCUAGAUAACCAUUACGGCGCCAAAGAAAACGAUCACUGGUUAGCUUGGGUGCCUCCCGAGAUGUUGCUCCAUUACGUCAAACAAUCCGACAAGUUUCAGCGCGUCGCCAAGCAACUGCAGGCCACGUUUCAGUACGACAAGUACAAUCCUUUGAGAAUCAAGACCAAUCAGUCGCAAUAUGCUCGAAUUCACCCGUUCGAAGAUCGCGGCGAUUCUGCCCAGCUCAACUUUCCUCAGUUGGCACUGACGGCCAAUUCGCCUCAAUACAGUGCCAUUUACGAAAUUGUGUGGGACCUGUUACUUUACAAGGAGCCGGCAAAGAAGGAGCGAUUGGCCAGACUUCGAGAAAUCAUUAUGGCCGCCGAUCGCGGAAGUCUCCGAGACGCUGUGACGAAAAUCAUCGCGUUGCAGCAACGGAUCCGGCAUUUGCAGUUUAUCCGUAGUCAGUACCGACGAAAUAUGAAUGCCUUGACGUCGAAAGAAUUGCAUGAAUUUGGUACUGUCCAUUCGGCGCUUUUGGAUUCGUAUGAAGAGUUGUACCUCGGCAUGGAAGCCAUCAAGUUAACCCAGAGUAAUCAGCGGCGGCAAGAUGAACAACAAAAGACAAGCCUAAAGUUUGUGUUUUCGGCUGACAAGGUCUCUUGGGAGAUGUUGACCGAAAGCGAUUCGCCUUUGUGCGAAUGGAAUCUAACCAAUACCAACUUUGUCCUGAUCACGAAAGAAGACCAUUCAAGUAGCCGCAUUCUAGAAAUCGAUACGGUUCAUGUGAAAAACACAUCGGCCGCCCCGGUAUUUACGGAUGUGCUUGGCCCGUUUGUGGAUACGAGGAAAUCUCCCGACUUUUCCAGACAUAAAAUGCUUCGCUGUUAUGUGCUUGCGUUGGCUCCCGUAGGUGGUAUCCCGGUCGUCCAGCACCUGGAAAUCAACUUGUUUCCUCUUCGACUGCAGAUGACCUACGAUUUUGGUAAAGCUAUGGCCACUUACUUCUUUCCCGCCGAAAGGCGUCAAAAGAAUAUCGAUUCGUCCAACACUACGCCUUCUUCAUCCACCACGCCAUUAACGGUGUCAUCGUCGUCGGCCAGUAUGCACGUCGAUAACGAAACCAUGUCGGUUGCUGAUACUCUUCAUUCAAGCGUUGCGGUGCCUAUGCGAGAAGGUCGUUCCGGUGACAGAGAUGAAACGGGUGAAAACGUGAUUAGCCGUUCCUGGGAAAGCAACAGCUUUGGUCGUCCAAAAUCGGGCGGGUCUGACACAGCGCGCUUGAUCGAUCCCCACCUGACAGCGGCAGAAGAUACGACGACGACCGAAGUGACAAGUAAUGUACUACAGACCCCUUCUUUUUCGGGCGGUAGAAAAUCAGCAAAGAAUAGCGGCAAACGCAAGACAGCGGGCAAACGUUAUACAUCGGACGAUCUCACCGUAAUGAAGAAACGUGCCUCAAGCAACCGUACUUUUAUCUUGGUGAAAAUGCCUGGCACAAAACACUGCUUGAGUUAUCAGGGUCCAAAAGAAAAGAACAUUGAAGAUCUAAGGGACUUUGCCUUUCAGCAACCCAACCUGGAGUAUCGUAAUAAAACGUGGUCUUGGUUCGAACUCAUGUCCAAUAUCAAGAAAGAUUUCAUGCGCGCUGCUCUACUGAACAACAGCAAAGCAUUAUUGAAGGAAAAACUCAUGAUCCGUCGUCAUGUAAAGGAAGGUCCAAAGAUUGCCGAAUCCGGCCUAUCUUUGCGUAGCUUUCCUGCUGCAGCUGACGAAUCUGGAUUUGAGGAAAUUCCGUCUUUGCGUCGUGCCAGUUUGUUCGAGACCGACAAUGCAUCUAUGCUCAGUGAUAGUUCCCGUGAUGACAUGGAUCCUCUGGAUAACGAUCGAGACACAGUUUCUUGCCACUCCAUGAUCUCUCAGGACAGCAGUGUAUGGACGCCAGAAACGAGUACGGAAACCAAACCGCGCCAUACUCUUUUAGCAUGGCCUCGUCGAUUCAGAAAAUCGAAAAAGCCCGCCAGUACUGGCUCUGAUAUGGUGGAUUACUCGACCCGAUCCAAUCACGAGCUUCUGGGACCUUCAGCGCCUUCUCAACAUCGACGAAGUAUCAGCGACAGUGAUCCAGCUAGUCGCUCACUAUAUACUUCACCACUAGAAGAAGAGUCCAUGAACACCAAAGGAAAAUUGUUGCUUGGCAAAUAUUACAACACACCCUCAUUAUCCCCCACCAUGGCAGCACACCGAGCCAAAUCUUCCAAAGACGGCGAUUCUGGCAGUGGUAAAUAGAUUAGCAUAUCAUUUCUUGUAAAUAGAGCUUAUCAUCUUUUUUUCAUCCUUACUUGCGUUUUUAUCUCAAGUCUCCUUUGUUGUAUAAACCGUAUCAUCCUUUCUAUCAAGUCAACAACAAUUUCAUACUGUAUAUUGCUUGGUCAAAUUAUCGGCCACGUUUGUAACCAAGUUCUAUGGGGCAGAUGGGGUUUGAACCUGCAUCGAUCAAGAAAUGUGAUAAUGCCGUACAUCUCUUUGUGUUUGACAAAACUACAGCGGAAUUAUACAUAUUAAGGUAUGGCAAAUGGGUGCAUGUCGCGACGCUCGAGAUAGAAGAAGGGUAAGAGGAAGUGCAACAAGGCGCAAGCACGCAACGCGUCAGCAGCAGUGGAUCGCUGUUGGGACGCAACUUUUAGAGGUGGCAAAAUAAUCCGCCCAAAGGAGAAAUAAAAAAAAGAAGCGAAGCAAAUAUCAUACGUAAAACGCACGAGUCA